GCAUAAUGAAAAAUAUUCAAUUUAGUAGUACUAGUAAAAGACUAAAAGUGUAUUUGCCCUACGUCUGGUUGCCAAGAAGGUGGAAGACGAAGAAGAUCAAUCAGCAAUUUGAAUUCGGAUCUUCACACAUUAAAAGAUGCUCCCACUCUCUCUGCUCAAGACUGCACAGGGGCAUCCCAUGUUGGUGGAACUAAAAAAUGGGGAAACGUAUAAUGGACAUUUGGUCAACUGUGAUACCUGGAUGAAUAUCCAUCUUCGUGAAGUUAUCUGUACUUCAAAGGAUGGAGAUAGAUUUUGGAGAAUGCCAGAAUGUUACGUUCGUGGGAAUACAAUAAAAUACCUUCGAGUACCUGAUGAGGUGAUUGAUAAGGUUCAGGAGGAGGCAAAAAGCCGUACAGAUAGAAAACCGCCUGGUGUAGGACGUGGAAGGGGAAGAGGAGGUAGAGAUGACAGUGCUGCGGGGAGACAAGGAAAAGGAUAUGGGCGUGGGAUGGAUGAUGGAGGUGCCAAAGGCCGGGGCAAAGGAGGACCUAGUGCCAAGUCUGGUGGCAGAGGUGGAGGUCGCGGACGUGGCUAAUAAUCUUUCAUCGAGAGACCAGGAAGCCAGAUUGGAGUUGGUGCUGCACUCUGUGUCUGUUUACUAUGAAAUGCAGACAAAGAAAGGGAUUCUGUCAUCCUACCAUUGGAUCUAGUUCAGGACACUCUCGGACUCAUACUAAAACAGACUGUUGUACAGACAUCUGGAUUUAAUAGUUCCUCGUGUCUGCGUGAUGUUUAUACUCGCUUAGACUCUCCUGGUACUGCUGCUCGAGCUAUUUGUUCUUUUAUACCUGUUAGUUGAUAACUGAUGAAUGAUGUCAGAUAAUGGUUCGAGUUAUAGUGAGGUUAAUUUGCACA